AUGACGAACAAAACCCGCGACUAUGGUGAUUUGAGAGUCACGCUUACCAAGGACCUCGUCUGGAAGUGGAAUGAGAAGGAUACAGGUGCUGCCCGGUAUGGAGAGUUCUAUCUUGCGAACCCCCAAGGUGCAAUGCGUCCUGUGGGAUCUUUUGGUCAAGACAAAUGGGAUGAUCAGAAAGAUAAGAGGGCUACGCUCUUAGUUGGAAACGUUCCUGGGAGAUCUGGGAAGCCAGCUGUUGCAAGCCCUACUAGUUACGACUGGGUGUGGGACGACCGGGGCGGCGGCGGCAAGUAUGAUGGCACAGUCUGGCGACCUGUUGCGCCUUCUGGGUAUGUCUCGCUGGGGGACGUUUGGACAAGCAGCUACGAACGUCCAUCAAUCAAUGCGAUAUGGUGUGUCCGAUCGGACUUGACGAUGCAAUCGCACUACAACCCGAACAGCCUCUGGGACGACACAAAAUCCGGAGGUGAUCACGACUGUUCAGUAUGGUCAAUCAUUGCCCCCCAGGUUAGCAUAAGCGGAUCUGAGAAGAUUGCAGUCCUUUCCGAUUGUCACAGGGCUAUCAAAGCAUAUCGACAACCUUCCUCGGAUCUUGCCAGGGUUCUGGUACUUCCUUGUUCAAAAGACUUCAAACCUUUUAAUGCAAGACCGCCAAAGUUCACCAAGGACACAAUCCCUCGCGAAGGAGACCUGUCUAGCGAGCUGCAUCAGUGUGAGGUUGAAUUACCUUUCGCGGCCUUUUUUCCACCAACACAUGUCACCAGCCUGGGCCUGAUUUCUGAUCCUUUUUGCAAGCUUGGGAGACGAACUGCAUGGUUGGUUGAAAAACGACACUCGAAUAACGGUGGAGGUACUAUCAUUGAUGAGAAGACAAUUAAGAAAGGUAUCUCUAAGUCGGAGUCGGAAGAAAUGAAGCACUCGGCCGGUGUAGAAAUUACUGCAUCCUUUGGUAUCAAGGCUAUAGGUGGAGGCGUAGACUAUACCGAGUACGAGGAGUUUACCGACAGACGACAAUACAACGUUCCGCCCUACACCUGUUCGAUAUUUCUUACUGAACGUGUUUGGCUCGUAGCUGCUCGCACCGACGGCUCUUUCACUCUAUCAGAGAUCCAAUACAACACUACCGACGGUAUGAACAUCGAAGAAGUCAAGCUGAACUAA